CCUGUCGCUGUCACCGCCAGGAGGAGGCCGACGCUGCUGCGCUCCUCGAGCCGCCGAGCAGGAAGGAGCCUUCGCCGCCGCCGAACUUUCCCUCAGGGCCCACCAUGCCCGGGGCAGCGGCCCGGGGACUCUGAGCGCCGCUCCCGCCUUCCCCUCGCAGCGCCGCGGCCGGCUAUUGCACUUAAGCAUGAAUAUUGAAGACAAACUUGGAGGAUUAUUUCUUAAAUGUGGUGGCAUAGACCAAAUGCAGUCAUCCAGGGCUAUGGUAGGGAUGGGUGCAGUAUCUGACCAGUCUUCAGUAUCUGGGGAACGGCAAGCAGCAGUGCAUCAAGACCGGACUAUGGCACAUCAAGAAAUUCUUACAACAGAUGAAGUGUUACAAGAAAGUGAGCUUCGACAGCAAGAGAUGAUUUCACAUGAUGAACUCAUGGUCCAUGAGGAGACGGUAAAAAAUGAUGAUGAGCUGGAGGCUCAAGAUAGACUUCCUCAAGGGCUACAGUAUGCAGUCAAUGUUCCUAUCAGUGUAAAGCAAGAAAUUACUUUUACUGAUGCAUCUGAACAACAGAAGAGAGACAAAAAACAAAUACGAGAGCCAGUAGAUUUGCAGAAAAAGAAGAAAAGAAAACAGCGUUCACCAGCAAAGAUCCUUACAAUAAAUGAGGAUGGAUCACUUGGUCUGAAAACCCCCAAAUCUCAUGUUUGUGAGCAUUGCAAUGCUGCCUUUAGAACCAACUACCAUUUACAGAGACAUGUCUUCAUUCAUACAGGUGAAAAACCAUUUCAGUGCAGUCAAUGCGACAUGCGUUUCAUACAGAAGUACCUGCUACAGAGACAUGAGAAGAUUCAUACUGGUGAAAAACCAUUUCGCUGUGAUGAAUGUGGUAUGAGGUUCAUACAGAAGUAUCAUAUGGAAAGGCACAAGAGAACUCAUAGUGGGGAGAAGCCUUACCAGUGUGAAUAUUGUUUGCAGUACUUUUCCAGGACUGACCGUGUGCUGAAACAUAAACGUAUGUGCCAUGAGAGCCGUGACAAGAAACCUAAUAGAAGUGCCACCAAAGUUGGCCUUUUGACAUCUGAGGAAGAUCCUGGCUUCUCUACACCGAUGAAAGACAGCUCCUUGCCAAAGAAGAAAAGGCAGAAAACAGAGAAAGUAAAGUCUGUGGACAAGGAAAUUGGAGAUAAAUCAGAACAGAAGAAGGAUAAAAAUGACUACUUGCCUUUGUACUCUGCCAGUGCUAAAGUAAAGGAUGAAUAUAUGGUGGCAGAAUAUGCUGUUGAGAUGCCACAUUCUUCUGUCAGUGGGUCACAUUUAGAAGAUGCAAAUUCUGGAGAAAUACACCCACCUAAACUGGUUCUCAAAAAAGUUACUAGUAAGAGAAGUCUAAAACAGCCACUUGAGCAAAGUCAGACCAUUUCACCUUUAUCUACAUAUGAAGAGAACAAGGUUUCAAAGUAUGCCUUUGAUCUUGUGGAUAAACAAGGUUUAUUGGACGCAGAUGGUAAUGCUGACAUUGACCAAGUUGAUACUUUACAGGAAGGACCCAGUAAACCUGUACACAGCAGCACUAAUUAUGAUGACGCAAUGCAGUUUUUAAAGAAAAAGAGGUAUCUGCAAGCGGCUAGUAAUAAUAGUAGAGAAUAUGCCCUGAAUGUAGGUACUAUAGCAUCUCAACCUUCAGUAACACAGGCAGCUGUAGCAAGUGUCAUCGAUGAAAGUACCACAGCAUCCAUAUUAGAUUCACAGGCACUGAAUGUGGAAAUUAAAAGUAACCAUGACAAAAAUGUCAUCCCAGAUGAGGUGCUUCAAACCCUACUAGAUCAUUAUUCCCACAAGGCUAAUGGACAACAUGAAAUAUCUUUCAAUGUGACAGAUACUGAGGUGACCUCCAGUAUAUCAAUCAAUUCUUCUGAAGUAUCUGAGGUCACCCAGUCUGAAACUGUUGGAACAAGCUCUCAAGCUUCCUCAUCAGAUAAAGCCAGUAUGUUACAAGAAUAUUCAAAGUUUCUACAGCAAGCGUUGGACAGAACUAGCCAAAAUGAUGCCUAUUUGAACAACCCAAGCCUUAAUUUUGUGACUGAUAACCAGACUCUUACAAACCAGCCAUCAUUCUCUUCCAUAGACAAACAGGUCUAUGCUUCUAUACCUGUCAAUAGCUUUCGAUCGGGAAUGAACUCUCCAUUAAGAACAACUCCAGACAAGUCUCAUUUUGGACUAAUGGUUGCUGAUUCCCAGCACUCUUUUCCCUUUUCAGGUGAUGAGGCAAAUCAUUCUUCCUCCUCCUCUACACAGGACUUCUUGGAUCAAGUGACUUCUCAGAAGAAAGCAGAGGCACAGCCUGUCCAUCAGGCUUAUCAAAUGAGCUCCUUUGAGCAGCCCUUCAGAGCUCAAUACCAUGGAGCAAGAGCUGGAAUAUCACCUCAGUUUAGCACUGCCAACGGACAGGUGAACCUGCGAGGGCCAGGGACAAGUGCUGAAUUCCCUGAAUUUCCCUUGGUGAAUGUAAAUGAUAAUAGAGCUGGGAUGACUUCUUCACCUGAUGCCACAACGGGCCAGACUUUUGGCUAAGAAAAUCUUUGUAAAUAAUAUUGGCACUUUAGAACAGAUCUGUCAAGAGUGGUGUUGCUCUGUAUAAGAUGGAGUGCUGUACAGCUUUUAAGAACGUUGUGUUAUAACAAAAGUAAGCUGAUAUAGCAAGAUCAAUAACUUCAUUUUUGGUUAGUCCACCAGUCAUUGAACUGCCUUACAUGUUGUCUCCCCUAUAAAAGGCAGUUUAUUACUCACUUGUUCGAGACCAGAAACUUGCUCUUUUACAUACACUUAAAUUUAAAACAAAACAAAAAACCCCAGGUAAGGUUUCCUCCCAUACUAGUUUCCUAUUUGGUUUCAUUGUACGUUCUUGGGAGAACAGUAAUUGUCAUAUUGUCAUUUUCUAAGCUUGUCAGUGUAGUCAUUGCUCUUCAGUAGGGAACCUAAAUAUAGUAAACAGAAUAAACUAAAAGUUUAAAUGUCAAGCGAUUAUGGCUAAACCACAUUGGUGUAUUCUAUAGAAAUACCCUUUCUUCCCUCUUUCUUAAAAUGAAGUAUAUGCCAUAUGCCCUUUAUUUUUGCUUUGCAUUACACUGAGCUGUGUUUUGGAGGAAAAAAGUAAUAAUAAAUUCUGAUAGACUAACUCCAUUAUUUAAAAGUCUAAUUAAUUUAAAAUACUUUAAAAACUUUUUUAGCAAAAUAUAUGUCUGCUAAUGCAUUUACUUCAGUCCUGAAGUGUGUUGCAUAUUUCUUUGUACAGUUGAACCUAGACAUAACUUUUUGAUUCUUUCACAUGCAGAUAUCAAGAUUUUGAAGUUUUAGUUAAAAUACUCUGUAGAUUACAUUCCCGAUUACAUAAAGCUUACACAAAUUGUGUAUUCCAAGAUUUUAAAGCUUAAUUGUACUUUACCCUGCAUAUUCACAGUGAUUAACAAAGAGCACUUAGAUUCUAUUUGAUAUUUUUUGAUUUCUCAAAGAAUAAAAACUAUUUUAGAUUUUUAGGUCUGAUAUGGCUGCAUCAUUAUCAUCUCAUACAACACUGAUUAAUAUUUUUAAUAUAAAAUGAGAUUGGAAUUUCUUAGCUUCUGUAAAAACUGGUUUAAUUUUCUCUAUCUAGAACUUUGACAAUUCAGAUAAUUAAACAUACUAAAGCAUCCCAAUAAGCUGAAGAAGUGGGCCUUCUAAUUGCAUAUCUUUUUAGCGAUUUCUUAAUGAACAAUGUUCAUUACAAUUUUACCAACCAAAACUGUUGACUAAUGCUAGUGAACAGAAUUUUUUUUCAGUAUAGAUGAAUGAUCAGAAGCUUUUGUUGCAUUUCACAGUAUAAAUAAACUGCAAACUUUAUCCCUGUACCAUGAAUAUGUUUUUUUAAUAGUACUUUGGCUUGAAGUAUACAGUAAGGUACGAUAAAUAGUUCUGUGUGCAUUUUUAAGGUGGUGAAAUUGGAAUAACAUAAAUGUGUUGUAUAGUUUAAGUUAACAAUUUUAAAUUUUUGAACUUUAUGUUCAUUCUUUUGCACCUUUCCCUAGAGGAUACACGGUCAGGUAGUUUAAGGCAGUUUAAACCUAAUAUUGUGGGUUGAUUAACCAUUAAGUGGGGAUACAGAUAAGGAUGCAUACAUCCCUUUACAGCACUGUCCUUGGCUGACAUCUCUCAAAUGAAACCAUCAGCUCGGAGAGGAGGUUGAGCCCCAUCGUACUGAAGAACACCCUCCCCUGCCAGCAGACUCGAGGAGUGGGAGAGUGCAACUUACCCAUUCCCAAAAUACUAACCACAUAUUAUUGUUUUGCAUCAUCGUAGCUGCAGUAACUCCGUUGGGCCCAUUUUAGGAAGAAAGUUCAUCUGGAAUCCAUAGACUGCACCUCAAGUGGCCAGGGAGAUCGUUUACAUGAGCUUCCUGCAUAACUCAUUUGUAUACAGUGAGACCAGAUUCUUAUUGCCCUGUGAUGGCCUUAACUAUUCUUAGGAUUCAUUGGCCCAAUGUGCAGCUGUUUUAUGAUGCUGCAAGGGGUUAUAUACCCUACCACUUUCUUACAGUAACAGGUCUGAAGAUUUGGCCCUGAGUUAAGUAGAAAAAUAAACAUCAAGAGAGAAAAGCGAAAUCAUUGUACAAUAUUAGUGAUACAUAAGGAAACAUCUUUAAGAGAAUAUUUUUAACCUGGUUGUGUCCCUUGAAUUUUUUCUACAUUAUUGUUUUAGUCUCCUGUCCUACGUGCAUAGACAUACACACGUGUAUGGCACCUAACUCACAACAAGAAACAGCCUAUCAUGAAGCAGAUAUCUCAUUUCCAUUAAAUAUUACUUCCGUCACAUCCUAGCUUUCACUGUCCCCUUAGAUCUACAUCGGCAUCUUUGGUUUAAUAUCCCACCAUUGCAAAUAUAUGUCCAUUUAUUUACCAUUGUUUUAAGAAAAUUCCCUUGGGGCUAGAUUAUUACAGCACUUAGUUGGACACACAGGGAAAUAAGAGGGAGUAAGGCCUACUCGGUCCUUGCCAGAUUGAUGACUGGCUAUGUUGGAGAGGGCAGGGGCUACUCUGCUGAUACUCUGUUGUGAGAAAGUGGCUGGGGGGGGGGGGGGGGAGAGAACCUUGGCUCCACUCUCUCUGCACACUAGCCAGAAUAGUUAACUUUGUGCAUAGUGGUGAGUAAGGUGUUUCACACAAUGGGUUAAAUAACUUGCUUCUCCCCAGAGGAGGAAUUGUGGUUCCCAGGGUCACAGUUCAUUCUCUGGUGUGUUCCUGGGGUAUUACAGCUGUGCUCUGUGACGUAGGGCAAGAUGUAAAGUCCCCACUCUGUCCCAUGGUGAUUAUUUUGUAGACUUACUUUAUACAUAUAGAUAGAGGCAGUACUAGUAGUUAAUCCGUGGAAACUUAGGCUUUUUCUACCUGGAGAAAUUUACCAGCAGAAUUCUUCCAAUAUGAUUUUGUUGCUGUAGUUAUACCAGUAUUGUUCUGCCAGUAAAUUUCCCUCUCUAGAUAAGCCUGUAUUUUUAACAAGUUCAUCAUUUAAAAAAAUAUUUUUCCCUUCAACAUGUUUUAUUGUUUUACAUCCUAACACACA